GGUUAUAUAUAACGUCUUUUAAAAUUAAAGUCAAGUGUUUGACCUAUCAAAAUAAAAUAUAUAAUCCACAAUUUUGUUUAAAAUGGAUUUACUGGGAUCAAUUAUGAAUUCGAUGGAUAAACCUCCAAGUUUAAGUGAAAAGGAGAAGUUGUUAAUAAAAAAACGAAAACAAGAAAAUGAACGACGUCAGUUAGAAGAAAAGGAGAAGUUGAAACGUUUUAAAGAACGCGUAGCUGCUAAAUUUUCAUCUCAUUUUCAAGAUCCAAAUAAUAUGACUUUAAAAUUCGAACCUAUGGACCAAAUAUAUAGGAGUAUAGUGCAUGAAUUAGCUGAAGCUAAUGGUUUGCUGUCCUUUUCCUUUGGUGUCGAUGGUGUAGAUAGGUACAUUAGAGUAUAUAGAAAAGAAAAUCCCCCAUGUGAAGAUGAAUUAGCCGCAAGAAGAAGAAAUGAUAUUUGGAAUGAUGAAAUUAAAAAGAAACUUAUUGAAAAAAGACAAAUUGAAAAAAUGGAGCAAGAAGAGGAAGAACGUGCCUCGAAAAAAUCUAAAAAAUUUACACCUAAUACCAAUUACAAAGACAAGUAUGUGCAUUUGAUAGGACAAGAUGCAGCUUUGGAUGCUGCUAGAAAAACAGAAACUAAUAAAUCUUAUGGAUUCGUUCCCAGUGAAAAUAAGAAGGAUAAUAGAUCAAUUGAACAGACAAUGGCAGACAUAAGGGCUAAGAAAAGACAAAAACUGGAAUCUAAUGAACCUACCUCUAAUGCUCUUCCACAGACUUGAAUAUAAAUUUUUUUCAAUCAUGUUGAUGAUCUUUUUUGUAACUAUAAGAUUGUUGAGUAUUAUAUUAGCUGUAAUUAAUUCUGUUCUUAAGUCCAAAGAAAUAUUUCAAAUUAUAGAUGUAUAGUUUUAAAAAGAUGUACUAUGAAUAUUUGUCUUAUUUUAAAAUUUGAAUACGAUGCCUUUCUCUUAUACCCCUUGAGAUACUAAACAACACAUCUAGGUCGAGAGUUUUGAUAUUACUAGAUCCAAAAAGUAUUUAGAUAAACUGACAAAUAUAAAGUCCGAGGAGGAUGGAAGAAACUCAUGAUAAACAUUUAACUUCUUCAAGGUCUCUUUACUAGCAAGAGUCUAAAAACUGUUGUUUAUUUAAGAUAAUUAGAAAAUAAAUGAGAAGAUACAUAAUUUGGUCUCUUUUUGCUUUUAAGAAUGUUAGAUAAUAGAUUGCAAUGUUAUCAGUUAAAACAGAAAUAAAACAAUGUGCAGAA